AUGGCCAGCCAGCCUAGUAUCAAAUUGUACACCGACUCGACUCCCAACGGCAUCAAGAUCAGCAUGGCAUUAGAGGAGCUCGGUGUCCCAUACGAAUUCGAGCAUAUCGACAUCACCACAAAUCGACAGAAAGAGCCCUGGUUUCUUGAAAUCAAUCCCAACGGCCGCAUCCCAGCCAUCGUCGACACGCUCAGUAAUGGCCAGCAAGUCAGGGUCUUUGAAGGAGGAAGCAUCCUCCAAUAUCUAACCGAGCGAUACGACCCAGAACACAAACUCUCAUUCCCAAAAGGCACCAGAGACUACUGGGAGUGUAACAACUGGCUCUUCUUUCAGCAUGGAGGAAUUGGCCCAAUGCAUGGCCAAGCAGCACAUUUCUACCGCUACGCGCCCACCAAGAUCCAAUAUGGCAUUGACCGGUACAUUAACGAGACACGACGUCUCUACCGCGUGAUUGAUGCCGAGCUUGCCAAGUCGAAAUCUGGUUUCCUGGUGGCAAACCACAUCUCCAUCGCAGACAUCGCUGUUCUCUCUUGGGUAAUUUACGCGGAAUUCGUCAGCUUGGACAUGAGCGAGUUUCCGUUUCUCCAGAAAUGGGAAAGAAUGAUGUCUGCCAGACCGGGAAUUAAUAAAGGCUUUCAUGUGCCUAAGCCUUUGAUGUUCAAGAUCAAGGAAGGCGACCCUGAAGUUUUUGCACAGUUCACAAACGAAAGGAAAGAUUGGAUUUUAAAGGGAAUGGAGGAAGCCAAGAAACGAUAG